UUGACAGCAAUCUUCAGCAUUUGGUCAAGUUCUACCGUUCCAGCCGAAAGCUUCUCGGCCAUGGCAGCGGCCGCCUCUCCAUCUCUCACUCUUCCUCCACCCGCGCAGCGCGCCACCCCAAAGCCGCGCCGCCGCACGCCGCCGCGAGACGUGGUCUCGUGGACGGCCGCCAUCGCGCGCCCGGCGCGGGAGGGCGACCUGCCGUCGACGGCCGCGGCGCUCUCCGCCAUGCUCUCCUCCCCCGACGCGCCUGCGCCCAACGACGUCACCCUCCUCACCGUUAUCUUCGCCUGCGCCGGCGCCCCCUCCUCCCCGCUCGCCCGGCCCCUCGCGCUAUCGCUCCACGCCCUCGCCAUCAAGCUCUUGCCCAGCCACCUCCUUCUCUGCACCUGCCUUGCGCGGUUCUACCUCGCGUCCCGCCUCCCCCACCACGCCCUCCAGCUGUUCGGCUCCAUGCCCGUCAGAUCCGUGGUCACCUACAACACCAUGAUCACCGCCCUCAUGCGCAACGGCCUGGUCGCCGCUGCGCGCGAGCUGUUCGACGGAAUGCCGGAACCGGAUAAGGUUUCCUGGACGGCGCUCAUCGACGGGUGCGUCAAGAAUGGGCGCCAUGACGAGGCAAUCGAUUGCUUCCAUGCCAUGCUGCUGGACGGUGUUGAGCCAGACUACGUCACGCUGGUAGCUGCCAUCUCCGCGUGCGCUGAGGUCGGCGUGCUCGGUCUCGGUGUGUGGGUGCACCGGUUCGUGACCAGGGAGAGGCUAGAGGGCAACAUCCGCAUCGCCAACUCGUUGAUCGACAUGUACGCUCGGUGCGGUCAGGUGGAGUUUGCACGGCAGGUGUUUGACAGCAUGAGGAAGCGGACGGUGGUCUCCUGGAACUCGAUGAUCGUCGGGUUCGCAGCCAACGGACGGUGCACGGACGCCGCCAUCGAGCAUUUCGAGGCAAUGAGGAGGAAGGGGUUCAAGCCAGAGGCUGUAACGUUCACGGGCGUGCUCACGGCCUGCAGCCAUGCCGGCCUCACCGACGAGGGGCUGAGGUACUAUGACGCCAUGAGGGCGGAGCACGGCAUCGCGGCGAGGAUGGAGCACUACGGGUGUGUUGUCGACCUGCUCGGCCGAGCCGGGCGCCUGGACGAGGCCAUGAGCAUGGUGGCGACCAUGCCGGUGCGGCCGAACGAGGUGGUGCUUGGAGCUCUGCUUGCUGGGUGCCGGAUGCAUAGGGACGUGGACAUGGCCGAGCAGCUGAUGCAGUACCUCCUUGAGAAGGACCCCGGCGGUGACUCGAACUACGUGCUGCUGUCGAACAUCUACGCAGCCGUCGGGAAAUGGGAUGGGGCCGGCAAGGUCAGGGGCCUGAUGAAAGCCCGGGGGGUGAAGAAGAGGCCUGGCCGCAGCGCCGUGGAGAUCGACGGCGACGUGCAUGAGUUUGUCUGCGGGGGUCGGUCUCAUCCGCAGGCUGCGGAGGUGUUUGGCAUGCUUGGCCUGCUGAGCCAUGAGAUGGCAGGGCAUGAGGCCGUGAGUUAUGAAUGAGCACCGGAGCGACUGCCUGUUUGCAGAAUACUGGAGGCUUUCAGUAGUCACCAGGCUCGGUGUUUCAAGCAUCCGUAAAGGCUACUGGUAGAUCGGCAACUUGUAUUUGCAUCUCUGCGGUUUCAUGUACAGUCUCGGGAAGAGGCACCCAACAUGUACAGUAUGUCCAGAUACAGCCAUACAGGCGAUGAGAUCACGUCAAAAAAAGAAGAAGAUACGUCAACAGAUGAGAAGUAUCAUUGUAAAUCUUCAGAAGCAAAUCCACAUGGCGUACCAUCGGAUGCUCAUCUCAUGAUAUAUAUGAUCAGCUCAAUCAAACAUGGACACUGAAUUUCUGGAAGGUGAAGAACAACACAAGCUCCUGAACUGAUAAUGUUGGUGUUACUGUGGAAAUAUUGGACUACUACUUCAUUUUUCUUCGAUUAUAUCACCCGUAAUGUCUCACCUACUUGCUCCCGUAUCCCUGUCAGAAACAAUAACAGUACUCACUUCCAUAUUCAUUGCUGUCAGAAGAUCAUAUAUUCAUUUGUGCUCA